AUGUUACUAGACAGGUAUGCUAGGCAGGUAGACUUUAUCAGGUACGUUCAGCAGUACUGCAGUAGUGCUCAGUCACUGGGUUUGUUAUAUAGUCACAACAGUCGUGCUCAGUCACUGGGUUUGUUAUAUAGUCACAGCAGUCGUGCUCAGUCACUGGGUUUGUUAUAUAGUCACAGCAGUCGUGCUCAGUCACUGGGUUUGUUAUAUAGUCACAGCAGUAGUGCUCAGUCACUGGGUUUGUCAUAUAGUCACAGCAGUAGUGCUCAGUCACUGGGUUUGUUAUAUAGUCACAGCAGUCGUGCUCAGUCACUGGGUUUGUUAUAUAGUCACAGCAGUAGUGCUCAGUCACUGGGUUUGUUAUAUAGUCACAGCAGUCGUGCUCAGUCACUGGGUUUGUUAUAUAGUCACAGCAGUAGUGCUCAGUCACUGGGUUUGUUAUAUAGUCACAGCAGUCGUGCUCAGUCACUGGGUUUGUUAUAUAGUCAUAGCAGUAUUGCAGUAGUGCUCAGUCACUGGGUUUGUUAUAUAGUCACAGCAGUCGUGCUCAGUCACUGGGUUUGUUAUAUAGUCACAGCAGUAGUGCUCAGUCACUGGGUUUGUUAUAUAGUCACAGCAGUAGUGCUCAGUCACUGGGUUUGUCAUAUAGUCACAGCAGUAGUGCUCAGUCACUGGGUUUGUUAUAUAGUCACAGCAGUCGUGCUCAGUCACUGGGUUUGUUAUAUAGUCACAGCAGUAGUGCUCAGUCACUGGGUUUGUUAUAUAGUCACAGCAGUCGUGCUCAGUCACUGGGUUUGUUAUAGAGUCACAGCAGUCGUGCUCAGUCACUGGGUUUGUAAUAUAGUCACAGCAGUCGUGCUCAGUCACUGGGUUUGUUAUAUAGUCACAGCAGUCGUACUCAGUCACUGGGUUUGUUAUAUAGUCACAGCAGUCGUGCUCAGUCACUGGGUUUGUUAUAUAGUCACAGCAGUCGUGCUCAGUCACUGGGUUUGUUAUAGAGUCACAGCAGUAGUGCUCAGUCACUGGGUUUGUAAUAGUCACAGUAUUGUACUUCCAGAGUAGGAGGUCAACUGUUGGCACCAGACAACCCCUCGGUCCUACAAACAUCCUACGUUCUUACUUUGGCUAAACAACUAACACAACAAUGCAUGGGCAGAGCAAAUUUAAAUAUGACUUUUGCAUUUCACGUUUUUUAUAGUAUAAAAAAUAGUUCAGUAAAGGCCAGCAAAUGUACACAUUUGGGGGGGAGAAACGUUUGAAUGCAGUGCAUGUUUCAAUACAGCAGAACAGAACACACCAGUUACCUGUCCUGGAAGAGACAGAGGGAUCAGAAAAAAUA